AUGACUUGCUUACUGCUUCUUACUCUUUUCGUUUUUAUCACUCCGAUUUAUACAGUUUUCACCUACAAUGCAACAGAUGAUAUGGCACUUUUGUUUGAAACAACUGGCUGCGACUCUCAAUGUGGGUUCAAUGCAAGUGAAUUUUCAUUGGAUACCAUCGACUUAUGGCCGGUGAAUUGUUCUACCGUUUGCGCAAUUUUGAAGUUUACAUCAAGUUCGAAUAAUAUACCCUUUGAGAAACUGAAGAGCACAUUUCAAAAUUUGAAUUCACUAAGAGGUGUUUUGCGAAUUGAGAACACUACAUUGACAAACUUUUCGUUUUUCGGAAACAUUACUCUCAUUUCCAACAUCAAUAAAAAUGUGUUAUCCAUUUCUAACAAUCCUAAACUUACUGACAUUAGUGUUCUGUUUACUAUAACAAACAUAUAUAUCAACUAUCCCGUGCAAAUUAUGAACAACCCAAAGUUAGAUGUCUUCCCACUAUGUGUGGGAGAGAACUUCCUUGAUUUUGAUAGAUUUUACAUUGUAAAUAACAUGAAAGAUUGUGGGUGUACCGGAAGUAUUAUCAAUAACGCAAACAUAUUUGCAUACAAAAAUUGUACCUCAAUAUUUGGGCCCACUGAAAUCUCGAAUGCAACAGAUGCUUCAAUGUUCUCAGCUCUUUCAGAUGUCAGAAACAUCACUGGACCGAUAUCUAUAAAGAACACCAAUUUUCAAAACCUCUCAUUCUUCUCAAAAAUGGAACGUAUGAAAGGAGAUGAUAGUAUAGUGAAUCUUGAUAUUCAUAGCAACCCCAACAUGACUCGAUUGGGAUUUGAGUCAUUAAUGGACCUAUAUAAUAUCGAAGACUGGUUUCGUGUGAAUAUUCAGGACGUCCACCCAGAUUUCUGUCUAACCAUGGAAGAAAUGCAGACGUUCACCACAUUCAACACGAAAUACGUCAAACUUGAAGCCAAGUACUGUAAUAUUACAACUAGAAAAGAUGGACAAAAGACUUGUCGGUUUGAAAGUAUGAGUGCACUGGCUAACGAUUGUGUACACAUAAUGGGAAAUGUGGUUGUUUCUUCUGGAGAUGAACACCACACUGGAAAGCUGUCAAAGGUCAUAAGAAUCUAUGGUAGCUUAUCGAUAACCAACACAACGUUGAAGAAUUUAGAGUUUUUGGGAAAUUUAAUAAAUGUUGCUGUACUGAACGAUACAAGUCCAGCGAUACUACUUGAUUCCAACCCGGACCUUUUUGAUAUUUCCUUGCUCAGCAUGAGAUUCCCAUACACUUCUGGUCCAAAUGCAGUAGUAGUACAAAAUAAUGCACCAAACAUUUUCCCAAACCCAUAUCAAUGCCAUAAUUAUCAAAACGCUGUCGGAGCCUAUGUUCUUUAUAAUAGAGCAGAAUGUGAUUGGGUACUAAGCGAUGGAGAUUAUACAGAAAUUGACACUGGAGGUUCAUCUCAAUUUUCCGAGAAGAAGGCACAUCAAAAUUGUGGAGUUUUUGCGAUUUUGAUUUGUGCUCUGCUCUCUUUUGUAAACAUUUGA